AUGGCGCCGAAGACCAUCAUUGCCCCGUCCAUCCUGUCGGCCGACUUUGCCCGGCUCGGCGACGAGUGCGUCCGCACCAUGGACCAGGGGGCCGACUGGCUCCACGUCGACAUCAUGGACGGGCACUUUGUCCCCAACAUCACCUUUGGAGCGCCCGUCGUCGCAAAGGUCCGCAAGCACGUCGCCCGGCCGACCGAGGCCCAUGGCCGGGGCACCUUUGAUUGCCACAUGAUGAUUGCCGAGCCUAAGAAAUGGGUCAAGGAGUUCAAGCAGGCCGGCUGCGACCUCUACUGUUUCCACUACGAAGCCGCCCAUUCCACCGCCGCCGAGAGCCCCGAGCAGAGCUCCGACCGGAAAACCAGCCCCGGGGAGCUGAUCCGCUACAUCCACGACAACGGCAUGCUCGCCGGCAUCGCCAUCCGCCCGGACACGCCCGUCGACGUGCUGUGGGACAUCCUCGAGACGUCGGAUCCGCUGGAGAAGCCCGACAUGGUGCUCGUCAUGACGGUCAUGCCCGGCUUCGGGGGGCAGAAGUUCAUGGCCUCGGAGCUGCCCAAGGUGCAGGCGCUGCGCAGCAAGUACCCGGACCUCAACAUCGAGGUGGACGGGGGGCUCGGCCCUGCGACCAUCGACCAGGCGGCGGAGGCCGGGGCCAAUGUUAUUGUCGCCGGCAGCGCCGUCUUUGGCGCCAAAGACCCGGCCGAGGCCAUUGCCGCGCUACGCAAGUCUGUGGACCAGAGAAACGGCUGCUUGUAG